AUGCUAGUUCCUCCUACGACACCUGCAAGGCAGAGUCUGAUAGAUCAUGCCGGCCGCAUUGACAAAGUACCAUUCGUGGUAACUUUGUGGGUAACGUGUGCGCUCGGCACAUUCGCUGCGAUGAUGCGUCUAGUUUUGAGGUUACGAGUCCGACAUAGGUUCUCCUUGGACGACUAUCUGAUAAUCUUCGCAACCUCCACGGCGAUGGCCAUGAACGUGACCAUGUUCUACUUCGUGGAAACUAUCUUUCUUGUGGAAGCCAUUAAUGUGUAUGGUAUCGUGCCAACACCAGAAGAGCGGGCCCCUCUACUUAAUGGCGUGUAUUGGAGGCAUAUCGUCUUGUCUCUGUCAUGGACGGCUAUUUGCACAAUCAAGUUUUCUUUCCUGGCCUUUUUCAAGGACCUCGUUCAUGGUGUAUCGCGCCAUAUCACGCGCUUCUAUUGGGCUACAGCUGUACUCGUGUUUCUUUGUUAUGGUUUCUGCUUAAGCCAAAGCUUCAUUCUAUGUCCUUACUUUGGCGACGAUCGAAGGAAAUGCUUCCCAGAUAGCCCCCGAGCCAUUAGUAUUGCUGCAAACACAAUAGCGGCAUGUCUGGACAUCAUCAGCGAUGCCAUGAUCGUCGCCAUCCCCAUCCUCGUCCUCCGCAAAGCCCGCAUGGCCAAGAAACAAAAGCUCGCCAUCGCCGCAUUCCUAUGCCUAUCAAUUACCAUGAUCAUCAUUGCGCUGAUCCGCGUCGCCGGCGCCGACUAUGUCAGCAUCCGCAACAAGCACGACUUCGACACCACCUGGCAAGCCUUCUGGCAACACAUCGAGACCAACCUUGCCGUCUUCAUGGGCUCUGUGAUGAUGAUGCGCAGCAUCUUCAUCACCGUCAUCGCCGAGCACAGCAAAGGAAGCAAGGACGGCUCGAAGAGCGCGACAGGAUCGCUUGUGCGCUCGUGGAUGUUCGCGUCGAAGAGUAGGAACACCAUUGAUGUCGGCCAUGUAGACCCACCAAUGGAGCUACGCCGUGCGAGUUACGCACGGAAUAGCACUAAUUCGUCGCGCUCGCUGGUGCCCAAACAUGCGAGCUUGAGUGCUGGAUUCAAUCAGCCGGCUACAAUAGCAGAGAUGCCACCGGUGGAAAUGUACGACGACGACUACCAUAGCUUCAAGCGGCAAGACAAGGAAAGUCUGCGAUCAUUCUCGCAGUGGGAUUUUGACUUCAAUUCGCUGCACACAACGCUUGAGCCGGGCAUGGCUGGCAGCCAGGGGCAUAUACGGACGAAUCUCGACGCCAUUCCAGAUGCACAGGUGAGGAAGGAUAGGACAUACUACUACCCACCAAGCUCAGAUAGUCCUGUGUAA